AUGGACAAAACUACAAAAUCUGCAGAUGAAGACAGACCAAAAUGGGAUAACAAGAUCCAGUACCUGCUGACCUGCAUUGGAUUUGCUGUAGGACUGGGGAAUGUUUGGAGAUUUCCAUAUCUUUGUCAAAUAUAUGGAGGGGGUGCCUUCCUUAUUCCAUACCUUAUAGCACUGGUGUUUGAAGGGCUGCCGCUGCUCUACCUGGAGUUGGCCAUAGGACAGAGACUUCGUCUGGGCAGCACUGGAGUCUGGAACUCCAUCUCACCACUUCUUGGGGGGGUCGGUAUAGCAUCAAUGAUUGUUUCAUUCCUCGUGGGCUUAUUCUACAAUACUAUUUUGGCCUGGGUUCUUUGGUACUUCUUUCACUCUUUUCAAAAUCCCUUGCCAUGGAGCACAUGCCCACUUAAUGUAAACCGCACAGGUUUCAGUGAGGAGUGUGAGAAAAGCACUUCUGUGAAUUACUUCUGGUACCGUGAGACGCUGGGUAUUACUAGUAACAUUGAGGAGAGUGGCUCGAUACAGUGGACGAUGGUUGUAUGUUUGGCAAGUGCUUGGUGCAUUGUGUACAUCUGUUUCAUCAAGGGAAUCCAGUCAAUGGGAAAGGCUGUUUAUGUCACAGCAACAUUCCCAUACCUGGUCCUGACAAUAUUCCUCAUCAGAGCCAUGAUGUUACCAGGGGCAGUGGAUGGAAUAAAGUAUCUCUUCACUCCAGAUUGGGAGAUUCUGAAGAACCCUCAGGUGUGGCUUGAUGCUGCCACACAGAUCUUUUUUUCUCUUUCAGUGGCCUUCGGUGGACUUAUAGCUUUUUCUAGCUAUAAUGAUGAAAAAAACAAUUGUGAGAGGGAUGCUGUUUUGGUUGGCGUUAUCAACAGUGCCACAUCGCUGUAUGCCUCUAUACCCAUCUUCUCAAUUCUGGGAUUCAAAGCUACAAGUGCUUUCAACGCUUGUCAGGAUGACAACAUACUGGCUUUAACAAACCAGUUUGAUUUUUCGGAUCAAAACAUCACAAGAGAAAACUACAACCAUUGGUUUAACUAUUUAAACAACACAUUUCCAAGUACAAUUUCUAGUUUAAAUCUUCGAACCUGUGACCUACAAACAUUCCUUGACCAGAGUGCUUCUGGGACUGGACUGGCAUUCAUUGUGUUUACUGAAGCAGUGAUUGAAAUGCCAGGUUCACAGAUAUGGGCAGUCCUGUUUUUCAUCAUGCUCUUUAGCUUGGGUAUCUCCUCAAUGUUUGGCAACAUACAGGGUGUUCUUACACCUAUCAGUGACCUCAAAAUACUUCCAAAGUGGCUCCCAGAGCCACUUGUAACAGCCAUUGUAUGCAUCAUCUGCUUUUUGGUAGCACUUAUAUUUACCCUAGGUUCUGGAAAUUACUGGUUAGAGGUGUUUAAUGCCUAUGUUGGCUCAGUACCUCUGCUUAUAAUUGCAUUCUUUGAAAUUAUCGGAGUCAUCUAUGUACAUGGAAUGAAAAGGUUUAGUGAUGACAUCUUGUUCAUGACUGGGAAAAGACCCAACAUUUUUUGGAAAGCGUGUUGGAUGGUGAUCAGUCCAGUAAUGCUUUUGGGUGUAUUAAUUGCCUAUGUAGCCUUACAAGCACAGACACGCCCCACCUAUCCCACCUGGAACCCAUCAUAUGAGUUUUUUCCUCAAAACCAAAUUCUGGAGUAUCCUGACUGGGUCUUUGCCAUAAUCAUCCUUCUGAGUGUGUUACCUAUCAUCUCCAUCCCCAUAGUGGCUUUAUAUGGACUAAUCCGCAGGGGGAAAAGGAGGUCCUCCACUAGGGUUGAAUUCAGCGCCUACAGCAACGGUGGUUUUGAAUCAGAGUAUAGACAAAACAGGACAUAA